AUGAUCAAACCAACAAUUGCACAUCGAAAAGGAGGAGCUUUAGACAAAAUGUGGAUGUCUGUUGAAGUUGAAUUAAAAGAGAAAAGGCUAAUAGAUCUUCAGUUAUAUGGACUACUCCAAGCAACACAGAAGAAUCAAAGUUAUGCAAGCAUGUUAAAUCAUGAUGUCUUGGGGAAACUAGAGGAUGUCAUUGCUUCAAAUAAGCAUGAGAGUGAACAUAUUGACUUGAAGAGAAAGACAAUUAAAUCUGAUGUGCCAGAAGAAAUGCCAUUAGGGAAAGGCCCACAUGUCUCAUUUUCAGCAAACUCACCACACAAACUGAUCUUAACAAAAGAGAUGAUGUCAAAGUAUGCAACAAAUUACACCAUUGAAAGGCAUGGAUCCGAAAGAAAAUUUCUACUAGAACAGAUUUCUCUUCCAUUCAAAUAUAUUGAAUAUGUAUUUGAUCUGGGUGGAGAAAAAUAUGAUGAUGAUGAAGGCAUUGCAAUUUCAGGAUCGUCCUUGUACACUGGGAGAUACCAAGACAUUGCUGGAAGGCUUCAAGACACAUUACAACAAUAUCUUGAUGCAUCCCUUGAAACAACCAAAAAACUUAAAUUUUAUACAAUGCAAAUAAUAGAUAAUACAAAAGUUGGUAUCACUGCAACAACUGGAAUAGCUGUGACAAACAUUGAUGGAAUAACUUUGCACUCAUUUUUAGGUUUAGUAGCAUCAAAUGAUUUUUCUGCUAAAGAUUUAUUAAAAAGAAUUGAAAAUUCAUAUUAUGCAAUUAAAAGAUGGACUGAUGUAAAGAUAUUAAUUAUAGAUGAAUGUAAGAUUAUCAUUUAA